UCCAAGGUCUAAGUUCAUGGUUCAUGUGUACAACAUGGCGCCCGCUGUGGCGGCCAGGUGUGCAGGUGCAGGUGUGUCCCGUUUGUUACCGUGGCGGUGUCGGCCACGAGCUCACCUGUCCACAACAGCGUUUCAUCUGAGCAGCCAGACGAACGACAGGACGACGUCAGAGCCGAUCAGCAGGCGACUGAAGGAUGAGGCAAACACAGUGAUCAUAGGGGGCGGCGUGGUCGGGACGGGACUGGCCUACUGCCUGGCUAAGGCAGGACAGAAAGACGUUGUGCUGCUGGAGAAGACAGAAUUGACUGCUGGGUCAACAUGGCACGCCCCUGGAAACGCCACGUACUACAACCCGGGCAUCAGCAUGAAGAAAGUCCAGUGGGAGAGCUUCAAGUUAUUCAAAGAGGUGGAGCGAGAAACUGGUCAGGAUGUGGGUUUCCACGGCCCGGGAACCAUCAGGCUGGCCUCCACUCCUGAGCGGGUGGACGAGUUUCGGUACCAGAUGCAGCGGCAGGGCUGGCACGACGCGCCGCAAUGGCUGCUGACUCCGGAGGAAAUACAUGAGAUGCACCCGCUGCUAAAGAUGGACAAGGUUCUGAUGGGCCUGUACAACCCCGGAGAUGGCCACAUCGACCCCAACUCCCUCACCCAGGCUUACGCCAUCGGUGCCCGGAUGUACGGAGCGGAUGUCUAUGAACAGACAGGGGUGACUGGGAUGAGCAUGCGCGGUGAUGGCAGCUGGAAUGUGGACACGCAGCACGGCACCAUCCAUGCACAGAGAGUGGUCAACGCUGCAGGAUUUUGGGCUCAUGAGAUCGGCCAGCUGUGCGGUCUGGAGCUUCCUCUCGUCGCCGUGCAGCACCUGUACGUGGUGACGGGACCGAUCCCCGAGGUGAAGGCCAGAAAGACGGAACUGCCCGUGAUCCGGGACCUGGAGGCGUCGUUCUACGCGCGCCAGGAGCGGGACGGGCUCAUCAUCGGCGCGCAUGAGAGGGCGGAGCUGGUGAAGAUGCAGACCCACUGGGUGAGCGACGGGGUUCCGCCAGAUUUUGGAAAGAAGUUGUUUGAGUCCGACCUGGACAGGAUCUCGGAGUACCUGGAGGCGGCUAUGGACAUGAUUCCCGCGGCCCGGAACGCGGACAUCACCCGGGACGUGUGCGGGCCCAUCACCUGCACACCCAACCACCUGCCGCUCAUUGGGCCCUACAUGGCACCCGGGCUGCGCAACUACUGGCUGGCUGCAGGCGUCUUCGCCGGAGUGUUACAGAGCGGAGGUUUGGGGAAUUACCUCACACACUGGAUCAUGAACGGGGAACCGCCCUACGACCUCACAGAGGUGGAUCCGAAUAGGUUCAGUGAAUCAUGGUGCAACAGGAACUUUGUUGCGGCGAAAUGUAGAGAAUCGUACGCGUUCAACAACAUUAUCAUCUGGCCGAAGGAAGAGCGUCCUGCCGGGCGACCCACGGCUCGUGUGAGCGGCAUCUACCAGACUCUCCUGGACAAGGGUGCAGAGAUGGGCUUCCACUCCGGCUGGGAGCAGCCCAACUGGUUUGCUAAAGAAGGUGACACCCCCGGCUAUCGUCCCAGCUUCAGACGCACAAACUGGUUCCAUCCGGUCGGGAGGGAGUGUGAACUGGUUCUAUCCAGGGCCGGGGUCAUUGACCUGACACCAUUCGGAAAGUUGGAAGUCAGCGGUCCGGAUGCGGCGAGGCUGCUGGACUACCUGUUUGCUUACGAAUUACCGCAGGUCGGGAGAGCGUGCACCAGCCAUAUGUUGACCACUAGUGGGGGCGUGUAUGCGGAGAUGACGGUUACCAGGCUCGGACAGGACCACUUCUUCCUUGUCACGGGAACAGGCUCCGAGCUGCAUGAUCUCAGAUGGAUAGAGAAUCAUGUGUGGAAGGGCGGCUACGACGUCACCAUAGCUAACGUCACAGACGACAUGGGCGUGUUGGGGAUCGCGGGUCCUCGGUCCAGGGACGUCCUGGCCAAGCUGACCUCAGGUGACCUGAGCGAGGAGGGGUUCAAGUUCCUCAGCUGCCAGCAGCUCAGUCUGGGUGGGGUUCGCGUCAGAGCCGUUAGGAUAUCGUACACAGGUGAGCUGGGCUGGGAGCUGUACCACGCCAGAGAGGACACAGCCCGGCUGUACGAGGCCCUGAUGUCGGCAGGACAGGAGUUCGGGCUGGGGGACUUCGGCACCUUUGCCAUGGGCUCCCUCAGGCUGGAGAAGGGCUUCAGGGGGUGGGGGGCUGAGAUGACAGUGGACAACAACCCUUUAGAAGCAGGUUUUGACUCCUUCAUCAAAAUGGACAAGCCUGCAGACUUCAUCGGUAAGCAGGCUCUGCAGCAGCUGCAGCAGGAGGGACUGACCCGGAAGCUGGUGUGUCUGACUGUGGAGGUGGAGGAGAACGGUCCUGAUGCUGAGGGCAACGAGACCAUCUGGCACCAGGGGAAGGUUGUUGGAAACACGACGUCAGGAGCGUAUGGUUACCAGAUCCAGAAGUCAAUAGCCUAUGCCUACGUCCCACUACAUCUCGCCGAACCAGGGACUGUGGUGGAGGUAGAGUUGCUAGGCAGCCGCCGCCCGGCAACAGUGCAGCAGGAGCCUUUGGUUCAGACGGAACCAGUUCGGACAAGACUGGCCAGGAAAAAGUCAGCUGAGACAGCCAGGGGCAAUGUCACAGUGUGAGGGAUCGGACUGGAUGCAAUACUGACUUAUUACAGGGUGCUUUAAUUUAGAAACACUUAUUUCUCCAAAAUGUAUUUUACUAGGCCUUUUGAUUGGUAGCGAAUCUGAUAGUGAACAAGGAACUGGAAGUCAUUCUGAGUAUAAUCAGUUUGGUGUAGCACAGUGGACAACCAUGCAAACUAUUUUGUGCCUUAUAGACUUGUUCUAAAAUUGUAUUUUUUUUAGUCCUCACUCUUAAAGAAGAAAACUCAUUGAUGUAUAAGCAUUUUCCUAUUCCAAAUAAAGGGCUAUUUCCAAAUUACUCAUGAUUUAUAUGAACUGCUGUUAUACACUGUAAAACUGUCAAAUUCUGUGAUAUUUUGAUACUCAACGUAGGAAGAAGGGGAGUCUGGAAUAUAGUUUGUAGGGCUGCAUGAAAUAAAAGGAAAAUGAAAUUAAAUUGGAAAGAAUAAAAGAAUUAGGAAAGACAAACUGAAGCAUUAUAACUGCGCUUGAUUUUUAUGGCAUGAGAUCACUAUAAUUCAACACUUCUUACCUGAGGCAAACAGGAAUGACACGAAUGUUCAGGUCAUUUCAACCAGAGAAGCAUUAGAGGGACUGACUGAAAGCUUGUUUGUACGCACCUUACACUGUGUAUGGAAACAAUGUGUAAAACAUUUAAUUCAUGUUUAUUAAUUACCAUCACAGAUGAACUUUAAUGAAACCUUAGAAAAAGCAGAGUAACGUGGCAAGGUAAUAGUUACUCAA